AUGUUGAAGAAGGUGGUGGUUCGUGUGAUUAACAAAGUUAUCGAUAAUGCAGAAUUCGCCAGCGAGAUCCAGGGUGUUCUUGAGGCAUGUGAGUCCCUUAGGUUUAAAAAGGGGAAGCGAAUGGGUAGUUGCUCUAUACGUGUUGGAGAACCUGAAGUCCCAGAUCCUAGCUGUGUUGCAAGAAGAGCUACAAAGUUAGAUGCCGCUUUAUCGUCCCUAGCUGAGACGAAUUUCGUGGGCCUCUUUCGCUUAGAGGAGUUGGAUUAUGACGACUUUCCACCAGUUUUGUUGCAGGCCAAAUCCGUUAGGUUCUUCCUUGGACUCCGGGGGCUAAUUUGUGUCUUUCACUUUUGUUUGUUGUGUAGUUGCCUUUCCAUGUACUAUAUGUAUAGUAAAGAAUAUUGGCCGUUAAUAACCAUAAACUGUGUAUUUUGUUUAGUAAUUUUGCCUGGAAGUGUUUUCUUCCAUUUUCUUGUUGUAUGUAUACACAUUGUUGUGGCAUGUUAA